AUGCGGUUCUCGGCCGUCGUUGCGUGCCUGACCGCCAGCCUGGCGCCCGCCGCCGCUCUGAGCAUCUUCAACGGCAAGGCCCCGGAUGCACUCGCCAACGAAGACCUCAAGGUCCCAGGCCAGUCCCCUCUCGAGCUCUGCCCCGGAGAGCAUGCUAAGGAUCUCGUCGAGAUCAAGAGCGUCGACCUCGCUCCCAACCCCCCCCGGGCGGGACAGGAACUCGUCAUAAAAGCCAAGGGUGUCAUCAAGCAGACGAUCGAGGAGGGCGCCUACGUUCUCCUCGUCGUCAAGUACGGCCUCAUCCGCCUCAUCACCACGAAGGCCGACCUGUGCAAGGAGAUUGGUAACGUCGACCUCGAGUGCCCCCUCGAGGCUGGCGACCUGGAAAUUACCAAGACUGUCGAGCUUCCCGCCGAGAUUCCUCCUGGCAAGUACACUGUCCAGGCCGACGUUUACACCGCCGAAGACGUCCCCAUUACCUGCCUCACUGCCACUGUCAGCUUCAGCCGCCCUUCGUUCUUCGAGCUGUAA